AUGUGUGUAUUGCGCGUUAAGUGCGUUUACUGUGGAAUGAUUAUCGAUUGUGAACGAAGCAAUAUGUCCAAGCUGCUGCAACAUUUGCAUGAUUUCCAUCCGUCAAUCGGCAACGUAUUCCGGUGUGAAGCGAAAAGUAAAAAUACUCCUUCGGAAGAUACUGCAGCUGCUUUUCAACCUACCGACAGUGACGAUGAAAGCUUCACUUCGACUGAACUAGAAUACGAUGAAACAACUGAACCAGAAGAGGAAAUGUUGCUCCAUCAUGUGUCUCCUGAUGUAAGCGGAGCGGAAAAUAGCAAUGAUCAUGCUUUGAAGAAGCAUACUGCAAGUGCUACAGCAAACGUGAACACCAACUGUCGCUCGCAAUCGUCGAUUGAAUUGAAAAGAUCCGUCCUUUAUCAGACAUCACUCCGAAGGUGGCUCCCGGGAGGCCAGCCAAUUCGCUGUCCAGAUUGUGGCGCACAAAGCGUUCCGAUCAUUCGGGCUCAAGCCAACGGUGUAACAUUUUCAUCAGCGGUCGAGUGUUUGCAUUGUUCACGUUGCAAUCACCUGCUGGGCGAACAGGAGAACCGGCCGACGCGCAUCGAAUCAAACUAUGAGUUAUCGGAAGUGAUGGAAACCGAACUUUGA